AUGAGGAAGCUGAGGAUGUCGAGGCACCAGGCGGAGUCCAAGAAGAAGAAGAAGCAAGCACAAGCCUCAGCACCAACAUCGAAGGUCAGCAGGCACUCCCUCCUGAAAAUCUGGAGAGUCAGGAGAUGGGGCCUGAUGAUCAGUAAGCCAUCAAUUACCCUUCCUGUUGUUGACCAAAUACUUAUGACGUUGAUGAAACUAAAACUAAACCUAAUAUUAGGAGAUAUUGCUCACCGCUUCAAUGUGUCUACAUCCAUGGCAAGCAUUGUGAUUAGUCACUGGAUUGACGUGAUGGGUGAACAGUUCAAAGUCCUGAUCCCCUGGCUUCCAAGAGAGACCAUUCGUGCCACCAUGCCCUUGUCGUUUCAGAGGAACUACCCUCGAACCACCUGCAUCAUUGACUGUGCCGAAAGUGCCAUGCAGAGAGCCACAAACCACGACUCAAGGAGUGACACUUUCAGCCAGUAUAAAUCACGCAAAACUGUGAAAUAUCUCGUCGCUGUGGCCCCUAAUGGGCUAAUCAUGUUUUUAUCUGAUGCCUAUGCUGGCAGAAGCAGCGAUAAGUUUAUCACCAUGGACAGUGGGUUCCUAGACUAUCUGAGGGCUGGUGAUGAGGUCAUGGCGGACCGUGGGUUCACCAUUCAAGACUUGCUUGAUGAGAGAAGGGUCAGUUUGAACAUCCCUGCUUUCACCUACAGGCGCAAUCAGUUGACCAAUGAGGAGACGACACGCACCAGGCGAGUAGCCAAUGUCCGCAUACAUGUGGAAAGAGCAAUCCAGAGACUGAAGGUGUUUAAGAUUUUAUCCCAGAAUGUUCCCAUCAGCAUGGCACCGAAACUGGACAACAUCUUAACCAUCUGUGCUGGCCUAGUUAACCUGAAGAGUCCCCUGAUCAGUGAGGUUUAGAAUCUUGCCCUGUGUCCCUGUCUACCAACACCCAGCCAUGUUGUUCAUUAAAUACAGAUAAACACAACAAAUACUGCGUGCAUUGUAUUUUUUAAUAUUAUAUAUGAAUAUUUUCAUAGUGAUGUAAUUGUGUGGGCUGCUUUUGUAUUUUACUUUUUAAUACCUGUUAA